AUGUAUGAAGGAUCUCCACCUAAUGCAGCUCAACGAUUACAAUUACUCGUUGAACACUUAUCCCCUCAUUCCUCUUCUUCCACUUCCGAACGGCGCACUCUCUCUCCGAGCGAAACGCUCAUAGUCCGCACUAACUCUGAGAUAAAAUGGAAUGGUCAUGGUUAUCGUGAUACUUACUUUGAAUUUGAUGACAAAGGCACGGCUUCCCUAACUGGAUUUCGCUACUCGAAAUAUAGCUCGAAAGAGUUUCAUGAUCUGCGACCUUGGUUAGAGCAGACGCUCCGUAUCAACUUAAAGACAACGUUACCCUCGCAACCGACUAUGCCGAGUAUUCAUAGUCCAGUGGUAAAUCACGAAUUCUAUGACAUGAUUAAACCUUACGGAAUUCAAAUCUCCUUCUCUGAACAGGAUCGCCUGUGUCACGGACACGGUCGCAGUACCUCAGACAUUUACCGACUCCGUUAUUCGAAUAUUGUCCCCCUUCCCGAUGCUGUAAUCUGGCCCGAAUCUCACGAACAAGUUGAAACUAUCGUUUGUGCUUCUCAGAAUUACAACGUUGGGUUGAUUCCAUAUGGUGGUGGAUCAAAUGAUGUUAAUGCCUUAGAAUGUCCUAUUGAAGAUGAUCGUAGGAUGAUUGUAGUGCUCGAUAUGAGACAGAUGAACAGGAUGUUAGGAUUGAGCAAGGAGAAUAUGUUUGUUACAGUCGAGGCGGGUGCUGUUGCAAAAGAUCUAGAAAAGGAGUUGAGGAAAGACGGAUUUACUCUUGGUUGGGAAGCUGAAAGUGUUGAAUUUAGUACUCUUGGAAGCCUAGCGGCAAGACGUUCUUCUGGAAUUAAGAAGAAGUUUUAUGAUUUUACUAAAAGUAUAAUAGAGAUCCAGAUAGUCACACCUGCAGGCACAGUCCAGCAUGCAUUUACUACUCCGCCACCUCCAACUACUGCUGGUCCAUCUUUAUUACACAUAUUUCUCGGCUCAGAAGGCACGCUGGGUGUGAUAACUUCUCUCACGCUCAAGAUUUAUCGUCUCACUCCUCACCGUCGUGUCAUUUCUCUCUAUUUCCCCACAUUCCAGACUGGUCUUUUUUUUCUGAGAGAAAUUACUCAAAAGAACAUUGUAAAACUCGUGGGUGCGCGAAUGGUGGAUGAGGUGGGAUUGGAUUUAGUUCAAGCAUUCAAUACCCAAUCGCCUAAUCUCACUAGCAUCUUCAAAGAAGUAAUAAAGAGGUAUUAUUGGAAGAAGGUAAAAAAUUUAGUGAGAGGGAAAAUGUGUUUGGCUGCUAUUAUCGUUGAAAGUGAAGAUGUGGGAAAACUUCAAGUCUAUGAACAGAGAGUGAUUGGUGUGGCAGAGAAAUUUGGUGGAGUUGAUGGUGGUUGGGAGAUUGGCGAUCGUGUGUUCAGUAUGUCUCAGACAUUGCCAUACCUGCGCGACUUUCUUAUGGAUUAUUAUGUGAUUUCUGACUCUCUUGAUACUACUAUAUCGUGGUCUCACGUUCAAGAACUUUCUGAGAAUGUAAAGAACACAAUAAAGGCAACUUGCAGAGCUCAGAGUGCGAAGGCCAGCCCAUGGGUAGCUGUCAGAGUGGACACAGUUUAUGACACAGGUGUAAGUCUGACAUUUAUGUAUGGAUUCAAUUUCUGGAAUUUGCCUGACCCACUUGGUGCUUUACUACGCGUUGAGCAAGCAGCUAUGGUUGAGAUAUUAAAGUUACGUGGAUCAGUCUCUCAUCAUACAACAGGCAUUGGAAAGAGGAAGAAGGAGAUGUUUAUCGAGUCGUCAUCGGAGACUUCUUUGGCUGUACUUAAGAGUAUCAAAAA